AUGCGUCCAUCACAGGCUUUGUCAAGUGGAACGACUCCUACAGGGAAGACAUAUACCGGCUGGUGGGGUAAUUUCUCGCAAACAAAGCAGAAGGGUAUCGUUCAAUACGGUCUCUCGUCGUAUCAGCAAAAACCAUUCGCGGGUGUGUUCCGGGGAUACCUCUUCGGCGGGUUCUCGCGGAUCAUGCACCAGAUCCCAUACUUUGCUCUUCCUUUCGCUUCCGGCUACUUUGUUUACACCUGGGGCAAGACGAAGUACGAGUACUACAACUCCAAGGAGGGUCACCACGCCAUGGCUCACAGCGAGGGCCACUAG